GUGCCGAAAGGAAUUCUCUAAUACAAAUUCAAACAACACUGUUUCAAUCUCUCAAAUUUUCACUGCGUGUAGCUUAAAAUUGGAGGGAACAACCAAAACCGAAGAGAAGCCCAUGGCGGUUCCGGCAGAUCCAUCCAUUGAAGAAGAAGACGAACACCAGCACGAUGGUCCCACACAUCAUCCUUCUGCUCCGUCACACGAGUUUUUUGAUUUAUCAACAACUGUUGAUCCUAGUUAUAUAAUCUCCUUGAUAAGGAAGCUUUUGCCUUUGGAUUCUGCUUCGGUUAACCGAGGAUCGGUUACAGUUAGUAAAGAAAGGGAUGCACCAUCUGUAUCCAAGAGUAAAUCUGAAAAUAUGGAUGUUGAUGUUUCUUGUGAAUCUUCGCACUCGCGAGGUGAAUGUCAAGAUACGGGUGAUGGAAUCGAACAUUCUGGUGUCUCGGUUUGUGAGGAUGUGUGGGAAGAAUGUGGUUGUGUUUUGUGGGAUUUAGCUGCUAGUAAAACACACGCGGAACUCAUGGUGGAGAAUCUCAUACUCGAAGUUCUUUUAGCAAAUCUCAUUGUUUGCAAAUCUGUGCGUGUUACUGAGAUUAUUAUAGGAAUUAUCGGGAACCUUGCCUGCCAUGAAGUUCCAAUGAAGCAUAUAGUGUCAACAAAAGGACUGAUUGAGAUAAUUGUGGAUAAAUUAUUUAUGGAAGAUCCUCAAUGCCUAUGUGAAACAUGUCGAUUGUUGACUGUGGGCCUUCAAAGUGGCGAAUCUAUUAAAUGGGCUGAGGCAUUGCAAUCCGAACAAAUAUUAUGUCAAAUAUUAUGGAUUGCAGAAAAUACUUUGAACCUUCAGCUUUUAGAAAAGUGUGUAGGGCUUAUAUUAGCUAUAUUAGAAAGUCAGCAGAUUAUUUUGGAUGAUCUUCUUCCAUCCAUGAUGAAGCUUGGUUUGGCAAGUAUAUUGAUCAAUCUCUUGACUUUUGAGAUAAGCAAAUUAAAGAAUGACAGAACACCUGAAAGGUAUUCAAUUCUUGAUUUAAUUCUUCGUGCAAUCGAAGGUCUUUCUGUUAUAGAUGAACAUUCUCAGGAAAUAUGUUCAAAUAAAGAGCUUUUUCACCUUCUAUGUGACUUGGUCAAGUUCCCAGAUAAAGUUGAGGUUGGGAACUGCUGUGUUACUGCUGCUGUUCUUAUUGCAAAUAUUUUAUCUGAUGUACCUGAUUGUGUUUCCGAAAUAUCACAGGAUUGGCGCCUCUUAGGUGGUCUGCUUGAUAUAUUUCCUUUUGCUUCAGAUGAUUUGGAAGCAAGAAAUGCAGUCUGGAACGUACUUGUUAGAAUAUUGGUCAGAAUACACGAAACUGAAAUGAACUCGUCAAGUUUAUGUCAGUUUGUUUCAGUUCUUGUCAGAAGAAUUGAUCUGAUUGAAGAUGAGCUUCUGAACCAACAAUGUGUUGACUCCAGUCCUGUUUCAACAACGGAUGCUAGAAACACAUCUCUCAUGAGAAUUACCAGCAUUGUGAAUCAGUGGACUACUGUAAAGGAGGAUGCUGAGAAUAAUGGGAAUGCUGAAGUUCUUUUCAAUGAGACAGAUUUGAAAAAGUUGUUGGAUUGUUGUCAUAAAUUCUCCAAGUAGAAUAGUAUGUUGUAAAUUACAGUUGUCCAGACAAUCUUUGAGGGUUUGACUUGUAUUGUUUAACUCACUCCUAAAGCCUCAUUGUGUAGAUUUGAGAGAAGCUUCGUAAGGCUGAAAAAUAAAACAAAUCUGUUGGUAUAAAUUUUAGUAAAGUGUCCAAUUCAAUUUAUGUAAAAUAUAUCUAAAUGUGGAGGGCAUACAAUUAAUAUGUAUGCUAAUCUGUUUUGCCUAUUAUAUGUAUAUACCCGGUUUGAAAGGGUAUAUAUUUCUUAUGUAAUAUUGGAUACUUGUAUUCUUGGAAGCAAAUUGAGGAGCUAUUGCUCAAACCGAUGAAAAUUAUGAAUGACAGGAUGAUCAAAUAUUUGAGAGA